AUAACCUCUAAAAGCGAAUGUCAAAUCAAGUAAAAUCAAAUUGAAUAACAUUACGAUGACAAAAUGUUAGAUGAGAAUCGACAAAUUCACGACGAUGAACAAGUAUAUUCGCGUUUUGCGCAACAUUAACUACGCGAAUCGAACGAUUCGAGCCCGUUUCGACCGAAAUUAUUCGAAGAAAAUCGGCAGCAACGGCGACAAUCCCUACAAACAUGUCAAACAUAAGCAUCCUUUAGAAGAUGCUUGUAAUUUGGUGUGGAAGGAUCCGAGUUUCGAAUUAUUGACCACCAAUGAAUUCCCUUUGUUCCUACGAGGCGACAUCGGCCUCGCUUGGUACGAUACCCAAACCACUGCCAAGACUCCGCACGAGCUGAUACUCGAACAAAUCGAUCAAAGCUCGACUAGCGACAGAGGCGAUAUAACGGUGAAAGUACAAAAGUGUCCUACUCUGUUGAGGGAUGCAGUCAAACAUCUGUUCCCUUAUAGACCAUUAGACGAUACCAGCGAAUUGUCAGUUGUCACGGUCAGUCUGAGGCCGAACGCCAUCGUGGGAGGCGCCGGUUCGAAGAAAAACGGGGAACUGGAGGUGGAGAAAUUGGCUCAAACUUUUCUGAUCACAGCCCGAAAGAUUUGCGAUAAAUUGAGAUUGGCCGGUUAUUGGGCGGAUUUCAUCAAUCCGUUUUCGGGUAGGCCUUAUUUCUCACCGUCGUUUCAUUCUUCAUCGCCUGCGGAGCUCUACAGUAGUCACGAGAAAUUCCGAUGUUUGGGUUUCGAAAUCGAGGAAAUCGACAAGUGCAAAGUGAUCUCCAACGAGGAUCAGGAUUAUUCUUCUUCUACUUCUUCCUCUUCUUCCAAGAGAUUCGUCGGUAGUUUAUUUACGAGCGCGGCGUGUAACAAACGAAAUUUAAACACCGUGUUUAACUAAAAUUUGGAAUAAUUCAUGUGAUUGUUGAUUAUAAUAAAUUAUUUUUAUUAGAGCGAAAUAUAAUGUAGGUGUGUGGAAUUGUUAGAGGAGGGUUUUUUUUUACUUAAUAAUAAUUCCGCAUAUACCUUUUUAAUGACGAAUAAAUAAUGUAUAAACGUAGAAAAAAAAAUAAUCGUCAACAAUAAACAACAAACCGUAAAAUGUGCUAAUAGUUAAAACAUUAAAACAACAAACUUGUUAAGAAAACGAGCUCAUAUUCGCCAAUAAAUAUCCAAGUAGUUAAAAUAAGUUAAUC